ACACUACAGUCUCGAAGUUUAGUAGAUCGGAUAAUUAUCAAAUUGUUUGAUUGAGUAAGGUCUCUUUAGGCCUGGAGCAUCAGAGAUGGAGUCUGAACCAUCUUCUAAAUUACCACCAAUCUAUAUUGACAAAACAAAAAAGCAGCGUACUGAUUUGUUGACACGUCAGGCUUUAGUACCUCCAAUUUUUAGACGUCGUGAGGUAAUUAAGCGUGAGGGCAAAUAUCUUAGGGUCCAUGGGACCAGCAAUUCUGCCAGUGACUCUCAUCCAUCUGCUGCGGAUGUUUAUCGCCACUCACUUUUUAACAAGUACAAAACAGCUUUCAAUCAUAUAUCCACUGAAUCGGCAUUGAACAACCGCUUUGCGAGUUCUCAGGUUUGUGGUAAUGAUGAUGUUGUACUUGACGAUGGCAAAAGGUCACCAAAAAAGCGCAGAAGGGAGAAAUCAAUGGCACAUGAAGGCUGCGAGUCUCUACCAAAUUCACCAUGGCUGAAUCGCGUUGCUCCAGUAAUUGUCAAGUUGAUAUCCAUGCAUGAUGACUCAUUGGGCGAUCCAUCCACGCCUCAGUUUCAAGAUAAGCUAUCAGAGGUGUCCGCUAGUGGUUCAAAGUUAGAUGAACGUUCUUUACGUGAGAUGUCUUGUGUGUUAUCUAAGUUAGUAUCGUAUAUCGACGAGUGGCACGAUACCUCGCGUCGGUUAAUUUCUGAGCAGAUACCUAUAGAGGAAGCUCGUACAAUAUUAGAGGAUUUUAAAGAGAUAACUGGCGGACUCAUUAAGGUGGACUUGGUGACGGAAAUUGAAGAUGAGAUCAAGAGUUGUGAAGCCUUUGGUGCCAAGGUGCUUAAUCUGAUAACGACACCAUCCACUGGUUCUGUACGUACUGUUAGCCUUGAAGAUGUACACAGCAUGCUGCAAGAAUCUCGGUCAUGUAAGUUUUUGGUUCCUGAGGUAGUGGGUCUUGAGGCCAUUUUCCGCAAUUUGUUAUCUCUGCGUAACCUUAUGGAGACUUCUGUGCUUGAGCUUGACGUUUCUGAAUGCGAGUCAUUGGUGUCCAUGACUGAGAAGGGUAUUAUACGUCUUCCACGUUUGGAUGAUCUACGUAAUCGGUUGCGUGAGUCUGUCUGGCUGAAUGGUGCUAAUAGGUUAUCUCAGCGCCCGGUUAGGUUUUCCUUUGCAAAAAGCUUAUUGGCUACUGUCCCAGAUGUGCUGCGUAACCACCCUUUGUAUGCAUUUGUGCAGAAGAAAUGCGCGAACGCAGAGAAGUGGAUCCAGCGCGUAUCUCGCUAUUCAUUUUACAGGAUGGUAAUGAACGAUAACCCCUCUGGUAACGGUGCAAAAAAGGAUUCCUCAACUGCUCAAGAUUCUGAUAUGGAUGUGGACACUGGCAUUCGUUGUGACGCCAGCACAUUUGAGGAGUUGUGUACAUCGUAUCACAAGUUGGGUGUUACACUACCCCUGUUCAGGAACAUUGAGCCUAUAUAUCAAUCUCUGCGUCGUUUACAGCGGAGGCUAGCUAAGAUCGAAUCUUUACUAAAGGCCAACAGUCGCAACCCAAAUGUUGCUAACGACUGCAUAUUCCUCUUACAGCAUUCUGAGCCUCUAGCUGCCUAUAUUGACAUUAGCGAGCAGUUGCAACCCUUGCGUACGGAUGUUGAGCAAUGGCUAAGUUACGAAAAGCGCUGCCGUAAGAUUUUGGACACAGUGAAGUCAUUUUCAUUAACUGUGGAGUAUAAUAGGCUGAAGACUGAUUGGGAUUUUCUGAUUAAUUUCAGGAAAACUACUAAGUUGAGUGAAAAUGAUUUUUCAGCGUUAACAGAGUUGAUGAAGGCUUACGAUAAUGAAGACCGUGUAUCUUUUGAUGAGGUGCGUCAGCUGGAUACCGAGUUUACUUCCCUUCGCAUUAAAAAUUUGGUUCUUCAGCGCGAGAUGAAUGAGAUAUAUGAUAGGGGUCUGAGCAUGAUAUCUAAGAUUGAAUGUGCUAUUGACAGCGUAAAAGAGGAUUCUGGUAAGAACGCCUCGGUUUUGAGCCAUCUUGUGUUGGUGAUUAUAGAUGUUUUGAAGUUCGGUGCUAAAUUGGAUUCCAUGAACAGGCUUCUACAAUGUUUGGACUAUUUGCGAUGGUCUCGCGACUUUUAUUUAACUUUAUUAGACCAGCGCAUUCCGUACGAUGGGGGUUUACAGCUUAGGACACUUGCAUCAAUUGGCGCUAAUGAGACAUUCAAAGAGAUAACUACAUGUGUAAGUGUCCAUGAGAAGGUUGUAGCUCGUUUACAAGAGCUUGGGUAUAUUGAUUGCAACACUGUGGUUCCUUCUACGGAGUUUGACUUACUAUGUCUGCUUUUAAGGGACUACGGUGACCCGAAGCCUCUAACUGCGGCGCAAAAUGUCGUCUAGCGGCAGGAUAAUGUA